AUGAGCGCUUCCCCCGCUCCACCCUUGUCCAUCAACAGUGAGGUGGGCGCCAAAAGCCGCUUCUACAGCAUGGCUCCUGUUACAGUCACACGCCCUCCCGUAUCAGUCACGCACUCUCCUGUCACAGCCACAUGCAGACCUCCCCAGAACUCUGAAAAGAUAUACACGGGGGGGGAGUGGAGAGGUGAUUGCGAGGAGCCACCUCCCACUCCUGCUGCAUGGUGGGACGAGCAAUGCAGUGUAGAGCAGCUGGCGUUGCAGCAUUACGCCAGUGAGGAGGGAGGCGGGUGGAAGGGCGUGCACUGCGAGGGCUCCCUGUGGUCGACCCUAUUCGUUCUGCUCUUCUGGGAUGUCAUCUUCGCCCCUGUGCCUGAUGCCUUCCACCAUCCCUUUCAGACCGCCCCUCUGGACUUCGGCUCCCCACUGUUUGCGUCCACCCGCCUCCCUCUGGUUCGUGCUCGCCUGGAAGAAUUGAUAGGGGGGCAAUGCACAGGAGAGUGCAUGCGAGAGGGAGGAGGAGGAGGAGGAGAGGGAGGAGAGGGCGGAGAGGUAAGAGAGAGAGGAGAGGGAGGAGAGGGAGGACAAGGAGGAGAGGGAGGAGAGGGAGGAGAUGGAGGAGUGGGCGGUUAUGAGGGAGGUAAAAUGAACGACGGUGCUUGUCAUGUGGGCGGCACUCCUGUGGGUGGCACUCCUGUGGGCGGCACUCCUGUGGGAGGCACUCCUAGGACCACCACACCCGGUGCUUGUCCUGCAGCUUCCAAAUACGGUACAUGUGCUGCGGGCGGCACACUGUUUACAGUGAAGCUGCUGAGGGAGAGAUGGCACGAGCACCAUGGCACGCUGUGCGUGGGGUUGGGGCUUUUGAAUGAAGGGGUGGCAGCUGAAAAUGUUUACGGAGGAAGGGCAGGAGAAGGGGACAGUGGAAGAAAUGGCGGGGCGGCAGCAGCAGCAGCAGCAGCAACACCAGCCAGCGUUCCAUAA